GGAUCUACUUCAGACAUUAACUGAGGAUGAACUGCAUACACUGGAACGUAACCUCUGCAUCUCUCAAGAUGUGGAUUUUCCUGUCAAAGCAGAUCCUGAAGUACCCUCUGUCAUUACACCAGGCAUAACUGCGACUCUGCCAGCUAAGGAGCUCUCGGGAAAAGCUGAAAACACAGAGGCUGAGCUGGCUUGUUCUAUGCAGUAUGAUGAACAGGAGCUGGAACAGCUGAAUAGGAUGGUACACAGGGUAGGAGAUGAAAUGUCUUCUCUGCUUUCCCCUCCAAGCAUCUGUCAGUCUCCAGCUCACAGACCUAGCCUAAGAAAUAGUUCUAGCACAGAAGCUUCACCAACAAGACACCAUCUUGACAAUUUAACUGAUGAAGAGGACAGAGUAUUUUUUAUGGAUGACCUAGAUGGAGCAGGAGAAGCUCUUGCUGGGUUGGAUUCAAUAAGUGACACUUUUGCUUGGGUGAAUAACCCUUGCCAUGAUUCAAAACAGAAUCUGCAAUAUAGAGAUGCAUUGCUGUACGAGAAUGGCCAUCAGGCAGAGGAAACUUUGCUUUUAAGAGAUGCUGAAAGAGAUGCUGAAAGUGACUUAAGCAAUAAUAACAAUAUUGAAGAUAGCAAACAGAUGUCUGGCAUUUCAGUUCAGAACUCGUGCAGCUGUCUAGAAGGUCCGGACUCACAGUUAUACCUCAACGGCUGGGAUGCUUAUGCUGAUGAUGCAGAAAUGGCAGAGGUGAUAGCUCACAGGACAGGGGGAAUGAAAAUAUCUGCUACUGUAAUAUUCAAUCCUAAAUCUCCCUCUAGCUCAGAAUCCCCGGUAACAACUCCAGAAGCCGCUAUUAGUUGUGUUCCUGGAUCUGCUAAUCCAUUAGCAAAUGAGGACGAUGAUGAAUCCCAUAAACUCAGUAUAGCUGCCACAAACUGUCUAAUUAAUUCCUGUGUGUGUUGUGGCAGCUGUGAAGACAGCAGGGAGGACAGUGUUCAAGGUUUAAAGACUAAACAUUCUGCAGGAGGUGUUGUAAAUGCUUCAUACACAUUAGUAAAGUCUAAGGAAAUGGACCAUGUAGAUAACUUGGACAAUUCAGUCCCUGCACAGGAAACAUUAAUGCUGGAAAGUUCUGCAUUGUUAGCAGAAAGAGACUUUGGCAGAGAAGAGCAAAAACUGCCAGUCUCCUCUAAGUGCCUGGCACAUUCCUCAGGUUCACAGGUAGGAGCAGAAAAUGACUCACAAGGAGAAGCAGAAAGCAUCUCAAAUCAGCAGAAGUGGGAGAAGAGAAAACUAUGUGAGAAAAAAAUGGACAACAAUGAAGAUGCUAGUAGUGAAAGAACAGCAAAGGAAGAUGUGAAGUCAAGGUCUAGUUCGAGCAGUUUAAUGACAAGUUCUUGUUCAUCUGAUGACAUUGAUCAGGAUGAAAUCCAGCUCGCUUUGCAGGCUGCUAAAAUUGCCACACGAGAAAAGAUCAGAUCCAGGUUUCAUGGAAGUAAUGAUCUUAUUCACCGCCUUUUUGUCUGUAUCUCAGGUGUUGCUGACCAGCUGCAGACAAACUAUGCUAGUGAUCUGAGAAGUAUCUUAAAGACCUUGUUUGAAGUUAUGGCAACCAAACCCGAAACAGAGGACAAGGAAAAACAAAAGAAAGUUAAUCAGGGCUUGAGGAGUGCAGCACUGGAAGACUGUGCAUUAUGUCAAGAAAGUAUAUCAUCCUCAGAACUUGCAGCAAAAGCCAGAGAUGGGGACUUUGAAGAUCCUCCUGACUGGGUUCCAGAUGAAGUCUGCAGCUACUGCACUGCGUGCAAGGCUCCUUUCACAGUCAUUCGCAGGAAACACCACUGUCGGAGCUGUGGCAAGAUCUUCUGUUCCCGCUGUUCUUCCCACUCUGCUCCAUUACCUCGUUAUGGUCAGAUGAAGCCCGUCCGUGUUUGCACUCACUGUUAUAUGUUCCAUGUCACUCCUUUCUAUAGUGACAAAGCUGGUAUCUGACGUAUUAAACUACUGAUGUGUCUUCUACAGUCUUACAUGGACUGAUAUAUUCGACCUAGGCCAAGAAUUAACUUGAAAGAGGGACCCCGUGAGGGCAUGUAGGCUUUGACAUCCGUUAUUAUAAAUUUUGUACAGACAGUUUUUACUGCAUUUUACUAAGCUGCUAAAGGGAAGUAUGAAGUGUCUGUAGCUGUAAGGCUACAGUACAGUCUUCCAUAAAUUUAUGACAUUAAUGUUACGAUGCCAUAUGCAGAACAAAUGCACUGUGUGGAAGGAAAUAGGGCUCAGAAUUGAACAAGCAUUGCUGCUUAUCUUACAUGCUAGGAACAGAGUAGCCGGUUAACUAGUCCAUCCCAGCAAAUCCAGUCCCAAAGCUGGGACACUUCUGUGCUCACCACAAUACCAGCAUGGCUGUGGAUGUCAGCACUCUCCCUCCUGCUGCAGUUUAACUUUCCCACUACUAGAUUUUUGCUACCUGUGCUAGGAUUAAUUAAAGCAAAA